AUGUACUUCUAUCUGAUGUGUGCAGCUCUGAUAGGAUUUUUCUGGUGUCCGUCCAAACUGGCAGCGAUCAGUCCAUAUCCCAAAACUCUGCCAUGCGAUGUAAGUGAGUUUGACAACGGAACCGUGGUCGCAGUGGACUGCGGCGCAAGACACCUCGAAAUCAUCCCACAAGGCAUUCCGAGAGACACCACCAAUCUGACGCUCACCAUCAACCACAUUCCCAAGUUGAAUUCUAGCUCCUUUGAAAACUUGGAGAACCUGACUGAGCUCGACAUGAGAUGCAACUGUGUGCCCAUUAAAAUUGGAGCCAAAGACCACAUCUGCACACAAAGUUUGGUCGUAGAGGAAAAUACAUUCAGCGGCUUGAAGAAGCUUCGCGCACUCUAUUUGGAUGGAAAUCAACUCAGUAGUAUACCAAAUGGACUGCCGUCUGAUCUUAUCCUGUUGAGUUUAGAAGUCAAUCACAUCUCUCAAAUUUCUCACACUAAUUUCUCCACCAUUCAAAGCGUUGAGACGCUCUAUCUCGGUCAAAACUGCUACUAUCGAAAUCCGUGCAAUGUUUCUUAUCAAAUUGAAGAAGGAACUUUUUUACAGCUUCGCAAUCUAACACUGUUGUCUCUAAAGUCAAACAACUUAUCUUUCAUUCCACAUCAACUGCCUUCAAGUCUGAAGGCAUUGUAUCUACAUAACAAUAAUAUUGAGGAGGUCACAGAAAUUGAUUUUAAAAAUUUAACUAACUUGGAGAUUCUUGACUUAAGCGGAAACUGUCCACGAUGUUACAAUGUUCCUUUCCCAUGCACCCCCUGCCCGAAUAAUUCCCCGCUUCUGAUAAGCGUGUCGGCUUUUAGAGAGUUGACAAAACUGAAGGCUCUGCGUUUGCACAGUAACUCUUUAAGACGCGUGCUGCCCGAAUGGUUCAACGGUACAACAGAUCUAAGAGUCCUCGAUCUAUCAGCAAACUUUUUAGCAGGCGAUAUAGGCAUUACAAAAUUCACACAGUAUCUGAGCAAACUGGAAGAAUUGGACCUUUCAUUUAACUAUGAAUUACAGCAAUAUCCCCAAACUCUAACUUUGAGCAAACACUUUUCCAAACUCAAGUCCCUUAAAACCCUACGCAUAGAAGGCAUUGUGUUUCAGACGUUGCAACCUGAGAACAUUGCUCCAUUGAAGCAUCUGCCAAACUUAGAAGUCAUAGACUUGGGUACAAAUUUUAUUAAAACCACAAACUUCAGCAUUCUAAUGGGUUUGCCAAAUUAUAAAAUAGUCAGCCUCGCUAACAACAAAAUAUCAGCUGAAGGGCAAAAUGGUAUUGGAGUACAGGGGAGGUCAUUGUUCUGGUCUCAUAUACAGGCUGACUACCAAUAUAAGCAAGUACAAGGAAUGGAGUACUUCCGAUAUGAUGAAGACGCACGCAGUUGCAGAUAUAAAGAUAAAGAAUUUGGACCCCCUAAGUCGUUUGCCAAAACGGAAUGCACUAAGUUUGGAAAAACCCUAGAUUUAAGCAGGAAUAACAUUUUCUUUUUGCAUGAUGGGUUUUUAAAUCUCCCCAAACUACGUUGCCUUAAUCUAUCGGGAAAUGCAAUGAGCCAAAGUCUGAAUGGUUCAGAAUUUACCUACUUGAGUCAUCUCCAAUAUUUAGACUUCACCUUUAAUCGUUUGGACUUGCACUACGCAACUGCCUUUCAAGAACUCAAAAAUCUGGUCAUCCUCGAUAUUAGCUACAACAGCCAUUAUUUUGAAUCGGAAGGCGUGACUCACAUGCUGAACUUUACAAAGAACCUAAAAAAACUCAAGAUUUUGCGCAUGAACCACAACAAGAUUUCUACAUCGACAAAUACUGAGAUGGAGAGCACCUCUUUGGAGAGACUUGAGUUCAGAGGUAACCGAUUGGAUAUGCUGUGGCGAGACGGGGACACCAGAUAUGUCAACUAUUUCAAGAAACUGGUCAAUUUGAAAGUACUCGACAUCUCCCAGAACAAUCUUAAUUUCAUCCCUUACCAAGUGUUCAGCAAUUUACCAGAGAAGUUGUCGGAACUCUACUUAAAAAAAAACAUACUGAAAUCGUUUCCGUGGGCAAAACUUAAACUUAUCCAAUCGCUGCAAGUCUUGGAUCUCAGCAGCAACAGUUUAUCGACUGUUCCGAGUAUGCUCUCGAACAGUACCAAAACUCUCAAGAAGCUCAUAUUGCAUGACAACAAAAUCCUGACCAUCACCCCAACUUUUCUCAAGGAAGCAUACAACUUCACAUAUUUGGACAUUAGCUUUAAUCAUAUCCGACACAUUGAGGAGUCUAGCUUUCCAGAUUAUGUUGUCAAUCAGAUGGAAAUGCUACUUUUGAACAACAAUGAGUUUGUGUGUUCGUGCAACGUCACUCAUUUUGUCAGGUGGCUCAACAGCACCAAGGUGCUCAUCCCCAAACUGGCUACAGAUGUGACCUGCGCCGCCCCGGAGACACAACGAGGUCAAGCCGUGAUCUCUGUCGACCUGUUGGCCUGCCAACACAAUGACUUGUCAAUCAUUCUCUACAUGCUCAACUCUUCCCUGGUCCUGAGCUUCCUCAUCCUGUCCAUUUCCAGUCAUUAUUUCCUGUGGGACAUCUGGUAUAUCUACCACUUCUGCCAGGCAAAGCUCAAGGGCUACCAUCGCUUACACUGCCAGAAUUCUAUCUACGAUGCCUUUGUGUUGUACGACAAAGACGAUUCCGCUGUGUCGGAGUGGGUUACAAAGGAAAUGUGCGUCCAUCUGGAGAAACGAGGAGAUCGCCGACUGGCUUUGUGUCUGGAGGAGCGAGACUGGAUUCCCGGCUACCCACUGAUUGACAACCUCUCGCAAAGCAUCCACAAGAGCAAGAGAACCGUGUUCAUCCUCACCAACAAAUAUAUCAAAAGUGGAAACUUUAAGACUGCUUUUUACAUGGCUCAUCAGAGAUUAAUGGAUGAAAAAAAUGACGUUAUCGUACUGAUCCUCUUGGAGGACGUGCCUUGUAAUUCUAAGUACCUCAGACUGCGGAAGAGGCUGUACAAACGCUCAGUCCUCGAGUGGCCAACAAACCCUCGGGCUCAGCCGUACUUCUGGUUUAGCGUGAGAAGCGUUUUAGCCACUGAAAGCCACAAGCAAUAUAAUAACCUCUUUAAAGAGACGCUGUAA